AUGGCAGCUUCUUCCAAACCGGCAGAUGAAAGUUCGCAUCCACUGUAUGACACACUCCUGAAUGACCAGGACUUUGACUGGAUAGUAUCUGAUGCGAGGCUCACUGCCGAUACUAGAACCAAUUUCUAUGAUCGCAGCCUGACGAGUCGUAGAUAUGCCCUUGUCGGAGUGGCAUGCUCAAGCAUCUUCAGCUGCAUAUGUAUUGUUGCAGGCAUUGUCAUUUUAGCCAAUCAUGGAGUCUCAGGAGUAGCCGUGACCAAGCUGGUUGAUUAUGAGCUGGGUACUCGGUUUCCCCAGGGGGAAAUAUUGGCCUUGACACUUAACUUCAUCAUCAUGUUAUGCACCGAGUCCAUAGGCUUUGCACACGGCAUCUCACUGCGCUCUGCGCUAGCCUCAGAGUCUCGGCUUCGUUUCAACACCAAUCUGCGCCUUCUGACUGCGGCUCGUGGAUGGUAUAACCCUAACGGCGCCCUGCUUAACGGCGUCUCAGCUGUCCUCCUCAUUAUAUCCUACAGCUCGGCCUCACUCGUCGUAUCUCUCGAUGUACAAUCCACGUCACCAAUACCACCACUACAAGUUUUUGGGGCGGGUACUGCCUUUUCAGGGAUACCUCUCCUCAUUUUGGGCAUCGCACUCCUCCUCCAAGUGGUGAUCGCAUUGUCAGGGAUACAGGCUGUAAAAAUAUUGACGUGGAGCUCCUCACCUUUUGAUUUGACUGCUGCACUGGUUCACCACACGCAAUUGACCCCUGCUACUUUGCGGUGCAUGCGUUGUGUGUCUGACCUAGACACAGAUGGGGGUCCGGCGAAGCCAUUAGAGAUACAGCCUUCUGCGUGGCAUGCUCACCCUAGCAUCCGGAAAGUUGUCAUUUUUAUUUGGGUGAUCGUUGCAGCAUGCACUGGAUGGGCCGCACUUGUUACAUAUAUCUCGCACAAGGAACCUUAUGUCGUCCCGAUGACCACAAAAACGUGGUCGUUCUUGCUCAAUGACUCGUCCAGUUUCAUCCAGUAUGAUAUGCUAGGUGUCAAUCUCGAAAUAUGGAUUCUGCUCUUUGUCAGCAUAGCAGUCGUUCAGGGACCGUUGACACUUGGCCUGCAUUGCUCGGAGCUCAUCGCAAAUGUCAUUCGAGAUGAAAGGCAGUGGAGAUGCGCUACCAGAAAGAAGGGACUUAGAGUAGCGACGAACCCAGUGAAGACGAUUUUCACUCACCCGAUUUGUCUCGUACUUUUCGUCGCGAAGCCUUUCCUGCAUUGGAUGUUUGGGCUCUCAUUUGUCCCAUCCUACUACGCACUUGACGGGGAAAUAGAAGGGCCUGAGGUACUCAUGUACACUGCCCAGAUCUGGAACUUAUGUAUUGCACUGUUUAUAUUUGUCUGUUUCUUCACUUUUGUCGCACUGCGCCGACCGCGUGGCCCCCAACCGGCUGCAUACGGCCAUCUCCAGACACUCGCCAACCUCGUGGACGAGUGGUCGCCUGUGAUGUGGUGGGGACACAAGAAGGACGAAAUUCCGUACUGUCAUGCUGGGACAAGUGAUCACCCGCUACCGGAUGUGAAGAUGGACUGCAUUUAUGCUGGUUCCGGUGCUGGGUCUCUAGUACCCCUCUCGUGA